AUUGUUUGAGGUCAUCAUUGUUGCUGUGGUAAAAAGCUUAAAUUUCACUAUUUGUUGUGAAAUUUGAAAAAUAAGGUCUAAAAAUAAACAAAAAUUCGUAAAACAUGGGCAAACCAAAAAACAAAGCAAAGGAUAAGGACGUAGAUUCUGACGUAGAUAUUGCAGAAUCUGAAGCCACUGAAGCUAAACCUGUGGGCAAGCAGUCAAAGAAAGACAAGAAGAAGAAGAAAAAGGAUGAUGAUUGGGAAGACGACGUUGCAAACGAACUGCAGUCCUUAUCACUGGAAGCCAAUAAAGGAAGAAAGGAAGAAAAUAGUGUCGAGGAAGAAAGAGCACCUGUGAAGAAAAAAGAAAAGGAACAGCAGAAGAAACAAGCAUUAAAGAAAGAUGGAAAGGUUGAUGAACCGAAAUCAGAGGAAAAAACAGAAGAUCAAGCUGCAGCCGAAGGUAUUGUCUUUGUAUAUCUGUCCUAUAUAAUUACAUGUAUAUACUUUGUUUGUGUAGAGAAAGUAGCAUCAGGAGAUGAAGGAAAGGAAGAAGAAGAUGAUGGUAAGAAAAAGAAGAAAAAGAAAAAGGGAGAGAAAGAAGAAAAACCUAAAAAGUCUAAAGCUCCUGUGGCAGCUAUUAAAGAAUUAUUAAAGAGACAAAAAGAGGAAGAAGAGAGAUUAAGACAAGAGGAGGAAGAAAGAAUAAGGAAGGAGGAAGAGGCAAUAGCUGCUGCUAUAGAAAAGAAAAGACUGGAAGAGGAGAAAAAGAAAUUGAAGAAGCAGAAAGAGAAGGAGAGGAAAGAAAGGUUGAAAGCCGAGGGUAAAUUACUGACUGCACAACAGAAACAGGAGAAACUUCGACAACAACAGAUGUUAGAGAGUAUGAAAGCUCAAGGUUUAGAGAUUAAAACAAAAGAGGAGGAAGUGGUAGAGGGGAAGAAAAAGAGACCUAUAUACGAGAAGAAAAAGAAGAAGCCACAACAAAAACAAGAUGGUGAAUAAUUUUUAUCUUUCAGUUUUAUAAAUGUACACAAAUUUUUUUUAAAUU